CAGAGGACAGGGGCACCUCAGGCCAUCGGAGGCAGCCCUGGCCUGGGGGAUGGAAGCCGGUUCUGGCCAGCACAGCUCAGUCACCAGCUUCAAUCCACAGACCCUCCGCUCGAACCUGGGCGCUCAGCCCUGAAGGGGGGUCGAGAUUCCAACACCUUCCUCAGGUCGCUGGGGAAGUGUCCACAGGCUCUCUAUUCCCACGACUUCUGACCCCCCAGCACCCCAGAUGCAGGGGGCAGCCCGCCUGCCCUCUCAUCAGACCACAUCCUGUGUUGGUUUUUUUUUAAUCAAUGCGGUCAGCACGGCCCCCUUCACCACCAGCGUCCCCAAUGGAAUCCCAGGGUCAGGAAUGCGCAGCAGGCAGUUGGCACAGCAGCAAGCACGCUGCAGGCCAUAUAAAGCAGGCAGAGCCCAGGGCCCCUGCCUCCUGGACGAGGACCCAGAGCAGCUCUGCCCAGCCCAGCCCCGGAGCCCCAGAAUCCACCAGCCAGCCCUCCUAGGAGCAGUCCCAGCCACACGAUGGUAAGGUCCUACCCCCUGGUCUGCCUCCUCCUCCUGCCGCUGGGCACCUGCUUUCCUCUACUGGACAGAAGACAGCCCACAGACGCCAUGGGUGGCACUGGAGCCAGAGAAAGCUGGGCCGACCUGGCCGAGGGGCCCCGACCCCACUCUGUGUGGGGCUCCUCUCGGUGGCUGAGAGCUUCACCGCCACAGGCCCUGCUUGUCAUGGCCAGGGGGCUACAGACAUCGGGCAGAGAGCAUGCUGGCUGCAGGUUCCGCUACGGGAGGCAGGAUGAAGGCAGUGAGGCCAACGACUUCCUCCCUGCCGGAGGAGUGAAGGCCAGCGGCCUGUUAGGGAACCUGGCUGAGGAGCUCAAUGGCUACAGCAGGAAGAAAGGCGGCUUCAGCUUCCGCUUCGGUCGGCGGUGAAGGGCCAGGAUGCCUUGGAAGGGUUUGCUUCUUGGACUCACCCCCAUUGUCUUCACCCCUGCCUUCUCCCCCAGUCUCAAAGACCACGACACCCAGAUGGUGUAGGCAUGGUUACGAUGAAUGAUCCAUGGUAGGACAGGUCAGGUGUGUGCUUACUUUUGACUUCCAACUUUGCUGAAGCGAAAAAGUAGGCAGUGUCAAAAAGGAGGCUGUCUUGGCUCCUCGGUCGUCCCAGCCUCUCUCUUCCCCUGGGGCUCUGACUCGGAGCAGCCCCCUGGCCCCAGGGGCACGGAGCUGAGGGGCCAUGAAUGUGAAUAGCGGAGUCAGGCAGCGGGCUGAGGGCUUACAGUUGGGUAAUCAAAGUUGUGACAGUCUAUAGGGACAACUGCAGCUGACAUCAGACUGCAAAUGAGUACAUUCCACUGGGUACAGAGGAUGGUUCUGAAAGUUAAAAACGGGAAAAAAGAACCCAAUCCCCUUCUCCAUCCCUUUAGCACCAGAUCCCCCUGGCAAGAAGCCCCUGCUGUGGUGUGCCUUUCCCUCUGACGGCGGCCCUUCUCCGCAGCCCAGUGUUAGCCCGGCCAGGAGUCUCCUGGGAGAUGCAUUGGGAAGGAAUACGUUUUUGCUAUAGCAAGGUUGCAUUUCACUUGUUCAAAAUCAGAAUAUGUCGUGUGUAUCUUUUCAAAUAAAAGUUGUGACAACUGCAAAACCAUA